AUGUCCGAAGUACAACAACGUCCAAGCCCCUCGCCGGCUCCAACUCGGGGACGGGGUUCGGCUCGAGGCCGCGGCGGAAGCUCAUUCACAUCCCGAGGAGCCUUCCGCGGAGCUGCCCGCAACACCAACACCUUCAACGGAAACUCGUUCGACAACAGCGAGUCAAUUGAAGAUCAAGGCGAAUUCGGUGCGCUCAAGAGGAAAUAUCCCGAUCAGUUUGCGCACCUGAAGGAGUUGUUCCCGAACCUCGCCUCGGACGAUAUCCUGUGGGAAUUGCAGGAAAACAACGGAGACCUACAGAUUACUGCUGAUAAGCUCACCGAGGGUUCUACCGCCCAAUGGGGUGAAGUCAAGAAGAAGGGCCAAGGUCGCUCCCGGUCCAAGGCCCAAGAACAGCCAGCAGCUACCUCGCCCCAGCACGACUCGUUUCCCUCCUCGCGACCUGGUCGUGGUGGAAGGGCCUCGUAUGAUGGCUCCCGCCCAGGCCGCGGUCGUGGCGGAAGCGAACCCCGUGGCGGACGUGGACGUGGACGUGGCGGACCUCCCAGCAACGGUGCCCCCCGCCAGCAGUUCAAGGCUCCGGGCUCCUCGGAUGCUCCUAACGUUUGGGGCGAUUCUACUGCCUCUGCCCCCGAGGGCGGCGAUGCUUGGCAGACGCAGACCGAUGCGAGCAACGACAAGAAGGAAGAUGCACGGAGAGCUCCCGCCGAGGUUCCAGCUGCCGCCCCGAAGCCUGCGGUCAAGCUGUGGACCAGUCUGCUCAAGCCGGCAGUCCCCCCUCCUGCACCCAAACCAGCUCUCCAAAAGGCAGCUCCUCCUCCUCCCCCUCCUCAGCCAGCUCCCGAGAAGGCACCUACUCCUCCUAAGGAACCCGAGCCCGUCGCAGAGCUCAUCACAGAGCCCAUCGAAGAACCUGUUGAAGAACCCGAAGUCCUCGUCCCAGAGACGCCCGUCGACGAAGAACCAGCUGCCGUUGAAGAACCCAAGGCCGAGCUAGAGCCCGAGGUCCCCGAGACCCUGCCCGUAGAGUCACACGAGCCUCCUCAGGAGCUCACGGAGGACAAUGUCGAGAAGCUUGAAAAUACCGCCCCACCCCCUCCUACCGAGACCCAGGCCAGCACUGUCGCAACUUCCAUUGCACCCGAUAGCACCCCUACCAUCACCACUCCUAAAGUGCAGGCUGCCACUCCCGUCCUCUCCAACAAAUACCCCGUUUCCAAGGGUACGCCCAGGCAUGCCUUCCGCCGUGUCCUCGAUCAGCAGGAGGGUGUGGUGAUGCCCGGAAACCAUGCAGAAGUAGCUCGCACGGCUCUUCAGUUCGGCAGCAUGGGUCUCAACGGCGACCUUGACGAUGAAGAUGAGGUCGAGACACUCGAACCCGUCGCGCAGCCUCCGCAGCAGCCUUCCCCGAUCGCACAGCCGGUCGCCUCCGCCUUGCCUACUGCUCCGGCCCAAUUACAUGCUCCUCAACCCUCCGCUCCUGCUGCCGAGGCCAUCACCACUCCGAGACAAGCACCAGGCCUUCCUAGCCAACCCCAGGUUGCCCCUCAGGGUAGCCCUCAACCUCCUCUGGGUCCUCAGAGCAUGACUCAACCUCAGAUCCACCCUCAACUGGCCGCUCAGUACAACCGCUAUACCGAACAGCAACAGCAACAGCAGCUGCUACAGCAGCAGCAGCAACAGCAGCAGCAGCCCCAGGCUAAGUCCUUCGAUUCGUUUCAACACAUGCAGCAGCAAUCUGCUCAGCAGCAGCAGCCUCCUACACAGCCUCAGGCGCAGCACUCGCAAACCCAGCAGCAGAACUACGCCCAGUACAUGCAGCCUCAGCAGCAGCCAUCGCACCUAGGCAUUGGGGCCACAUCGGCGCAAGAGCAGCAGUACCACAACUACUACACGGAUCGGUCGCAACCUCCCGGAUUUGGGAUCUACGGUAACUCCAGCUACAUGCAGGCUCAAGCCCACGCACAGCAGGAAGCUGGUGCCUCGCAGCAACGGGCGUCCAGUGGCUUGGGUGGAGCUGUAGAAUCGUCGGCUCAGGCGCCAACCUCUGCCGCCGGCCAGGUUCAGCAGCCGAAUUCGCGGUACGGAGCUCCAACGGGUGAUCAGGGCAGCGGCCACGCCACCCCCAGUCCUGCCCCUGUCCAGACUUCGCAGCAUCAGCAGGGCAUGGGACAAUAUCCUAUGCAGCAGCCAUUCCAUCCCUACUACCACCAGUUCAUGCACCAGAAUUUCUACACGCAGCCCAAUUCCUUCGCCAAGAACAUGUAUGGCUACCCGCAAUUCAUGCCUUCCCAGCAGUACCCGGAUCACUCAUCGUCUCCUGCCGGACUCGGUGGAUUCGCGUCACCUACCCAAGGACGUGACUCGAUGGCCGGUAUUGCCGACUAUAGCCGGAUGAACACGAGUGCAGCUCAGCAGUCGCUGCCCCAACAUUCCACCGCGGGUGGUUAUGGCAAUGGUAUCCCCAACUUCCUUGGAUCGCGGGGAGGCCUUCCACAGGAGCAGCAGCCUCUCGGCGGUUCGUCCGUCGGACAGCAGCAGCAGGUUGGCCAGCCGCAAAACGAUGACAUGAAGUUUGGCGAAAACAAGCCUCCUACGGGCCCUUCGUCUACUCCUUCACUUCAGGGUCAGCCUGGACGUCCCGGAUCGGCGACUAGCGGCGGCGUUGCUCUCGGAGCGCAGCAGGGAGGUCAGAACCCGGCUGCCAUGUACGGAUCUCACUUGAACCCCGGACUCUACGGCGCGCAUCAGGGACAGCAGAGUGGCUACGCUCAGGGACAGUCCGCGAGCCAUUACUCCAUGUACUCCGGAGCUCACCCUAAUCAGUACUCGCAGGGCAGUGCUAGACAUGCGGGAGCCAACUCCGGUACGGGAUGGUACAGCUCUGGGCACUAAAUGGACGGGAUGUCUAGUUUUGCCAGUAGGAUGACUUUUUUCUUUCUCUUGAUCACAUUGAAAUGCUCAUUUUGUUACUCAUGUACGUAUGAAAUGGGUCUGGGCUGAGGGUCGGCGGUGUUGAGGCUGUGAGGGUUUGGGUCUUGUUUUUUUCCUGUUUCUUUUUUCAUUUCUCUUUCUUCCUCGUUGCGGUUUGGCUACUGGGGCUUUCAUUUCUUUUGUUCUCUCGGGUUUCGUUGUCAAGUUCUAGGGUUUGGGUUCCGUUCACCUUUACUACUACUGGUUUACUCUGUACGGUUUGCGUUCCAGUUGCUUCCCGUC